AUCUUAUCGGUGGGGCGAAUCUUGUCGACACCCGUUUGUUUAUCUGCAGACACGCAGAUUUUUCGCAAUCUAAGUCCUAAAUUGACAAACGCACAGUAACGUUUCACACGGCAAAAUGGGUGACACGGCAAAACCGAUCGUAAAAGUUCUGAACGAGCAGACAACAGCCAGCAAAAGUGUGAUCAAAGCUACGGACUUGGCCAAAAAGCUACAGAAGACUAUGCUCAGUAUAAAGGGAGAGUGCAUAGGAGAGGACCGAGGGAUAGACUAUGACAAACUGAAGAACAGUGGGGCAUACAAAGAAUACAAGUCGGAAACUCUACAGCUACAGACUGUCAGUCUGGAUGAACUCAGUGAGAACGAGAGGAAAGCCUUCUUUAUCAACCUGUACAAUGCCCUGACCAUCCAUGGCCUGGCUGAACAAAAGACCCUCCCAAGCUCCGUCCUUGACAUUCAACAGUUCUGGAAAACCACCGCCUACAAGGUCGGGGGUCUGGUCUACAGCCUUGAUGAUAUGGAGCAUGGUGUUCUUAGGGGAAACAAAAGCCACCCAGCCUCCACCAAACCUCAGUUCUCGGAGGGGGACCCUCGAAUCAAAUAUGCCGUAAAAAAACUGGAUCCCAGGAUUCACUUUGCUCUUGUCUGUGGUGCUGUGUCCUGUCCGGCCAUCAAUGUUUACACUGCUGACAACCUGGAUAAGGCCCUUGACUCGGCUACUCGCAAUUUCUGUAAACAGGAAGUGUCCAUGUUUACAGAGGUCGAUGAAAUUUGGAUGUCUAAGAUCUUCCUGUGGUAUCGAGACGACUUCGGAGGAAAUGAUGUGGAUGUCAUUGAAUGGAUCAUGCCAUAUUUGGAAAAGGACAUACAGGAUAGGGCAGUUGUUCUCUUGUUCAAAAUCAAAAACGUUGGUAAAGUAGACAUUAAAUACAAUGAGUAUGAUUGGCGGCUGAACAAGCUGGGAGUCACGCCCAUAAUUUUGUGAUGGACAAAGGACACACCCACUUUGGUAAAGCUGAGAGCAGUGCACUGCUAGUCUUUCCAUUGUACCUCAGAGAGAUAUUUAUAUUUUUCUUUUCAGAUUGUUUCUGAUUGACCAAGUUAUACAUGUAUGACAUCAAGCACUAUUUCUUUUUCACAAUAUAAGCAUAAUAGGAAGACAAAUUGUCUUACCAUUAAUUAUCUAAAAAAGGAGUGUUCCUGUUUAUGUCAUAAAUCACACACUUGACGUUACAAAAGGCAUUCCUUAUACAGGAUGGAUCAAUGUGGUCCCAGAGAUACUGUGAUACACCUUAUUUCUGAUACAUUUGCUGUUAACAUGGAUAUUUUCAUAUCACUGAAUACUGUAGAUUCCUUAUUUUACGCAAGUACUUAAGUUAGCAAUUCCCCUGUUUUGUAUCAAUUCGCAAGAAUAUAUAUAAAAAUCGCGAACAUUGAAUUUUUAUACUAAUUUUUUAUAGUUCCCAGCUCUCAGAAAAUAAAGGCGAGAUUUUAAAAUCUGCGAAGGGUGCUUCUAUUGAUUUUACGCGGAUAUUAAUUCCUCUCGUUUCAUUAGGAAUUUACAGGAUGUGUUGUAAAUUAUGCAAAUCCUGAAUAUGCAUUGUGUUAUUUCUGCAAUUUAAAUUAGUUUUUUGCAGAAAGAACAUGUUUAUAAAAUAAAUCCUUUUUCUUUUGUGAAUUGCCUGCUUUCAUGUAAAAGUUUCUUUGUUUACUGUCGUCUUAAUUAAAUGGGAGAAGAACCCUGCAUGUGUGGAUCCAGAGAAUUUCCUGGGGUAGAAGUGGGUUGAGCUAUAACUUGUUUGCCGGGGAAAUCAGAGCCUUAUUUUGGGGUUAUAACUUGUCAGAACCUUAUUUUUGGUUAUUAUGUCAUGU